AUGUUUCGGGCGAUUAUGAAGAGCGGCGAAAUUGUCGAGAUUGGAUCCAAGGCACAUAACCCCACGAACCUCCAAGUCGGAGACAAGGUGGCCGUGCAACCUACCAUUGCUUGCUUCUCGUGCGGACCCUGUCAAGAGGGGGCCAUCAACUGCUGCGACGGCGCCGGGUUCGUCGGCCUCAGUGGCGGCGGAGGCGGGAUGAGCGACUUCGUCACCGUCGAUCCGCAGUUCGUCUUCAAGUUGCCCGACGACGUAGCCCUCGAUGUCGGCGCGCUGGUCGAGCCCCUCGCGGUCGCGUGGCAUGCCGUUGAUCAAUACCCUGUCGGACCGGACACAGAGGCCAUCGUCAUGGGCGCUGGGCCCAUAGGGCUAGGCGUGAUUCAGUGCCUGAAGGCUCGCGGGGUCAAGACGGUCAUUGUCGUCGAGAUGGCCAAGGAACGGCAGAAUUUCGCUAUCCAGUUCGGCGCCACGCACCUGAUCGACCCGACGAAGGAGGAUGUGGUGAAGAGGGCCAAGGAGAUUUGCGACGGGCAGGGUCCGCACGUGGCGCUCGACGCUGCCGGUGUGCCGGCGAGUAUCAAGACUGCCGCGCUGUCCGUGAGGGCGAGAGGGACCAUUGUCAAUCUGGCCAUCUGGGAAAAGGAGGUCCCGUUUCAACCUAACAGUUUGGUCUUUGGAGAGAAGAAAUACGUCGGUGUGCUGGGGUAUCUUCAAAAAGAUUUCGCGAGCGUUAUCUGCGCUCUCGGCGAUGGAAGCCUCAAGCCCGAAAGGAUGAUCACGAGUAAGAUCAAGAUCGAUCGGGUCCCUGAAGAUGGAUAUCGGCCCUUGAUUGAGGAGAAAGACAAGCAUGUCAAGAUCUUGGUGGAUUGCAGAGCUUGA